AUGGCAAGUGCGAUGCAGGCGGCGCGGGCUGAGGUGCAGGUGGCGCCCGUCAACUCGGCUACGGUGCGGCGCAAGUGGCGGCGUGAGGCGGCCAAGACGGCGGCGGCGGUGGAGGAGGCGCUGGCCGACGACGGCGGGGGCGGGGUGGCAGCUGCGGCGGGAGUGCUCGACGAGGCCGAGGCCCGCGGCGCGUGGUACGAGAACGAGCUGCUCGAGUCUGCAGCACUGGCCAAGUACCGGGCGAUGCGGCAGCGGUACGGGGCGUCGUGAUGUGCGAGCCAGCAAAGUUGAGCGUUUACGCGACGAUGCCGCGGGUGGCAAGGUCCGAGGUGACUGAGUGUGCGAGGGUGGCGGUGGGUGCGGCGCCGUUGACCUUAAGCACCGCGGCCGAGUUGGCAAGGGCGGCGAAGAGGGCCGGGAGCGCGGCGUGGUACUUGCGGAGCUGGGCGGCGUCAAAGGGCUCGGACGAGCGGAGCGCGGUAGCGGCGGCAGCCUUAGCGCGGACGUCGUCAUCGGAGAGCUGGACGACG